AUGAAGGUGUACAACGACAGGGAUGUGGAGGGGCAGAUGCAGGAGCUUAGGACCAUCACGAAGCUCCAGGAGCAAUGUCGGUCACUACAGAUCCAGGCUGUGAAGGAGAAGACUCUGCAAAACAAGGCCAAGAUGGCCCUCCUGCGUAGCAAUAUCCGCCGUGAGACCCAGGAGUGGGCAGUGGCCCAGAAGUAUGACCAAUGGGCCAUCUCCAAGGGCUGCGGAACCGACAUACCCAUGAGGCUGGCGCAUAGCCGGAGCUCCAUGGAGGUGGUGCUGGAGAAGUUGCGUAAAUACAUCUUCGACCGCGUGAACGUGCACAAUGUACUGAUCCACCUGGUGCGGCAGCGCGGGCAGAAGCUGGAGAGCAUGCAGCAGGAGCUGACCAGUCUACAGAACCAGCCUGAGGCCACUGAGGAAGAGCAGCGGCUACAGAAGACCAUCCGCCAGCUGGAAAACAACAUUGAAAAGACCAUGACCAAGAUCACCUCGAGCCAAAACAUUCACCUGCUGUACAUGGACCUACUGGAUUAUCUCAAGAAAGAGCUGGCCAGGUACCCCACACAGCUAGACAAAAUGCAGAGUCUCGUCCUGCAGUAUUGCUCGGAACUGUCAGACAUGACGGGCAUGACCCAUGAUGCCAUGAUGAUCACAGACGAGGUCAAGAACAACCUGAGCCAGGUGGAGGCUUCCUUUAUCAAGGAGCGGAGGGCACGGGAGAACAGACUCAACCAGCAGAAGAAGCUGAUUGACAAGAUCCACACCAAAGAAAUGAGUGACAAGUACCGCAGGGGCAGGCGGGACCUGGACUUCCCCUCUGAACUGAUGAGCCUGGAGAACCUGAAAGUGAAGCGUAGAGAGUCCUGUAAGACUGACAUUGAGUACCAGGAGAACGUGACCACGAUGGUGGAACACGUGAAGAGUGCUGUGCGCUGUUCCCACCUCUGGGACAUUGCUGGCCGGUUCCUGGCCCAGAAGAACACAGAGGAGAACCUGGAGCUUCAGAUAGAAGACUGUGAGGGGCGGCGCAAACAGCUGGAAAGCUUGAUGAAGAGGCUGGAGCUAGAGCAGGCACUGCUCAAAUUCCACCACAUGCCCAGCUCCAUCGGCUUUGUGUCCAUUGAGAAGAAGGUAAAGGAUAUGCUCAAAGAGGAGGAAGACCGGCACCAAAUGGCGCUCAGCAACUUGACCAAGAGCCAGAAGCUGCUGCUGACCCUCCAGACGGGCAUCGACAACCUCUAUGUCCGCCUCGUUAGCAUCCCCACACCCAACCAGAAUGAAGCUGAGGUCUCCAGCUCCCUCGAUGUGUACGGCAAGCUGGCCUACUGUGAGAAGAAGCUCAUGUACCUGGUGGACCGGGUAGAAACGCUGACCACCACUGAGGAGGACAACAAGAAGGUGACGGACGCCCUCGAGUCCUCCAUGCUGAAGGAGAAACAGAACACCAAGAUCAGCUUUGAGGAUCUGGAGGAGGACGUGAUAGAAACCUUCCAGUUCGCGGACAUGGACCACAGUUAUGUUCCUUCGCGGGCCGAGAUCAAGAAGCAGGGUCAGCGCCUGAUAGAAGGAAGGCUCAAGGUGACCAAGAAGAAAAAGAAGUAG